GUGGCGUGGUUGUGGCGGAGCGCAGCGGCCGCGCGAUUGCGCGCAUCUCCCCAGGAGCAACCUUUGGAGAGCUGGCGAUGUUGGGUCAGUCACCUGAGCGUGCGGUGACAAUCCGAGCAGUGACCUUGUGCUUUCUGAUGAGCAUCCAAUCCUCCGUGUUUCACCAGGCUCUUGAGCAGUUUCCGGAGGAGAAGGACCGCUUCAGUGAUGAUAGCCUCCAAAAUCAGAGGGAGGGACCCAGAGUCGUGUGGCCCUGCCUCAGAGGAGAAUCCUCUCGGCUGCUGUACCUGCUGGACCUUUAUGCCGAGAAGUUCUCCUGUGACACCGGUGACCGGCGUCUUGGCCAAGCUCCUUUGAAUGAGGCCGCCAUCCUGGUGUUGGAUGGGGAAGUCUCAGUGCUGACACGAGAAGGCGAGGAGCUGCAGGUGCUUACCGCUGGCUGCUGCUGGAAUGAGCGUAUCUUGGCUGGAGCCAGAGCCAAGCAGACUGAGCGUCUGGUUCCCAUCACG